CAUGGUCUCCCCUUCUCCUUUGCAGGUGCUGGAAAGAUUGUUGCAAUUAUGAUUAGCAACCUGAAAGGCAUGGAGAUCCUGCACAGGAUUCGGAGUGGCAUGAAAGUGACGAUGGUCAUCGAGGUUGGGAAGAAGCGCAGUCUUUCAAUGAGUGUGUUCACCAUCCUCUUCAUCUCCGUGUCAUUUUUUGUUGUUGCAGCAGCAGCGUUGGGCUGCUUCAUCUCUUACUCUGCUCGGAGACUCAUUAUUGCAAGGGCCCAGUCCAGGGAUCAGCGGCGGCUCAAGGCCAGGGCUAAGGCGGCCAUUGAACAGAUGCAGCUGCGCACCCUGAAGGAAGGGGACAAGGAAACUGGUCCUGAUGGAGAUUCUUGUGUUGUGUGCUUUGAACAGUAUAAGCCAAAUGACGUAAUACGUAUUCUGACUUGCAACCAUAGCUUCCACAAGACCUGUAUUGACCCUUGGCUUCUGGAACGCGGGACAUGUCCACUGUGCAAAUGUGACAUCCUCAAAGUUUUGGGUGUUGAGAUGGAUGUAGGAGCAGGGUCGGAGCCUGUGCAAGCCCCAGGAUCCACUGGCCAGAGAUCUCUACCCACUGUCACUAUAGUUAAUGAAGAGGAAAAUAGUGAAACAGCAUCAUCAUCUGGAUAUGAUUCUGUACAGGGACCAGAUGAACCUGCUCAUGCACAGGAGGCACAUGCAUCAUCAGAAAAUAACAACACACAUCCUGUGAACGAUAAAUCCCAGCCCUCCACUGUGACUGUCCUUUCGCAUGGUGACAACCCAGGUUUUGAGGGAGAUGAAACACAAGCUUGUGAAGACAGGAUCGUUUCUGAGGCCACGGUUUGAGGACAUGCCCAGCAACGUGGUGCAAGCCUUCUGCAAGGAGCUGCCUACUGCCGUUCCGUA